AUGGCGCCCGACCUCUCCCAAAACAAAGCCGUCAAGCUCGUCGCCCACGCGGCCGCCAACAAAUAUGCAAUCUGCGCAACAUGCUGCUACAAUGUCGAAGGCAUCCUAGCCUCAGUCCGCGCCGCAGAAGCCAAGCGCGCACCCCUCAUCAUCCAACUCUUCCCCUGGGCCAUUACCUACGCCAACGGCGUCCUCCUGCACGCCGCUCGCGAAGCCGCCGACAAAGCCUCUGUGCCCGUAGCCCUGCACAUGGACCACGCACAGACGCCAGAAAUGGUCAAGCGCGCCGCGGAUUUCGAACACGGCUUCGACGGCAUCAUGGUCGACAUGUCGCAUUUCGACGACAAUCUUGCCAAGACGGCGGAGCUGGUGCGGUACUGUAACGAGCGGGGGAUCAUCACCGAGGCCGAGCCGGGACGCAUUGACGGUGGGGAGGACGGCGUGGGGGAUCUGAGCGAAAUGGGGUUGGAGGCUAUUCUAACGACGCCGGAGCAAGCCGAGGAGUUUGUGGCUACGGGGAUUAAUUGGCUCGCCCCGGCGUUUGGUAAUGUGCAUGGCAAGUAUGGGCCCAAGGGGCCGCAGCUGGACUACCCCAGGCUGAAGAAUGUACAUGCGAAGGUGGGGGAUCGCGUGGCGCUUGUGCUGCAUGGUGCGGGUAAGGAGUGGUUCCAGGAAAAGUUGCUCAAGGAGUGCAUUGAGUGUGGUGUGGCAAAGGUGAAUAUUAAUGAUGCGUUUAAUAAUGACUUUUUGGAGGUUAUGCAGAAGCAUGCGGAUAAGACGCCGCUUACGGGCUUGAUUGAGAAGGCGACGGACGCUAUGCAGAAGAGUAUCGAGGAUUAUAUUGUGUGGAUGGGUGGUGCGGGUAUGGCGGAUAAGAUUCAAUUGUAG